ACAAAGCAGUUUUUUUUGAAAACAGGCUAAUUUAAUCUUGCCGUAGCUUGCUAAAGGAAACCAUGUCGAGGAUACCGAUGGUUCGAUGUCACACGGUUUUGUGCGGCUUCCCGGCUAAGGGAUACGCGAACGUUGGACAGGACAUACAUUGUCAAAUCGGCGGGGAAUCUGAAGAUGAUUUUUUUUGAUCCUAAGGUGUAUGCAUUCCACGUAGAAGGUCACCAUGCUAGUGAGGUGGUAGCUGUCUCUACGUCGAACCGCCAGGUAAAGAUAUACAACGUUAACUCUGCCGCGUUGGUAGGAGAGCUGAAUGGCCAUGCGGCAGCGAUUACGGGGAUUAAGUGCGACAGAAAAAAUCCCAACAUUGUGGUUUCAAGCUCGGAAGAUAAAACAAUUAAGGUUUGGGAUAUCAGAAGUAGCCAGAUGAUUGUCGAAUACCAAGGAACGGAUCCCUUUUACAGCUGUUUGAUUGAAGAGAAUUAUGUAAUCGGAGGAAGUAAGGGCGAGAUUUCAGUGUGGGCAUUAGACAGUCAGCGCAAACUUUUUUGUUACAAAGAUUUUCACAAGGAGGAAGUGACACAAUUGGAAGUCAGCCCAGCUGAGCCAAGCACGCUCUAUUCAGGGGGAUACGAUGGACUCUUUUUAAUGAGCGAUUUGAACGAGAGAAAUGAAGAUGACGCGCUGAUAAACGUGAUAAACCUAAAUACAAGUAUUCAGCGAAUGGGGAUAUUUGGGUUGAACAAUGAAUUUGUAUACGUUUUAUCGCCUACUGAGCAGCUUCAAAUAUGGAACGUGGAAAGCAAUACAUUGGUGGUUGAUUAUGGAUUUGAGUUUCGGGACACGCUGUCGAGUUUGUGUAAUGAGCAAAUUGAUUAUAUGAUUGGCUGCGACUACAAUGUAAUGGAGGAUGAACUGUUGCUGUUCGCUGGGAGUUUUUCUGGACAGGUCUUCAUUUUCCGCAUUCAAGGCGAUCUGGUCACGUAUUUGGGGAAAUGGCAGGAGCACGAGGCUGUCGUUCGAGAUGUGUAUUGUUCUUUAGACAGAAGGUUUGCAGUCAGUGUAGGCGAGGACAGUAAAAUUGUUUUUUGGGGGGGACAAGAGCGGCGGCCAUCGAUGAAAGGACUGAAGUCUGUUCGGCACGCGAAUCCAGCAUCCAGAAAAAGUCCGUAUUAGUGGAGGGCGGCUUUGACUAUUUUUGGAUUUAGGGCUUGGAUACACAAUUAUUCGAAAUGUUUAUUUGGAAAACGCAUUACGGAUGGUGAGUCGAGUCUUCUCUAACGCAGUGACAACGCAAACGUUUGAACCAUGGAAGACUUUGCUUGUGUUGAAUCCGGCGAACAGAAAGGGAUGAACAAAUGAGAAGCUCAAAGUCGAUCUUAUAAUUGGCAUGAGCUGCUUUGCGUAACAAGACGAUGAUAAACUGCUCGAGAUAAGCCGAGGUGCUGUACCCUUUCUCUUUGCAGAGAGCUAAACUUAAGCACAUUGUACAUGUACACUUUUUUUUUUUAAUUCGUCGAAAUAGGUUCUUCAGAUUCUAGCUUGGUCCAGGGGCCUGGGUGGCAUUUUUUCAUUUUAAUCUCUAAUUUGGUUGGAAGCCAUUCAUGUGUGCACGCUUCCGGGACAAUUUGCGAGAACAGCGGUAUAAAGGCUGAAUAUGUUUUGCCGUUUAAAAACUGAAUGUCGAUUUUUACGGAUUGGGUACAAUAGGUGACAGAAGACGACUUAGGGUUCAUGUUCUUGCCGUAUACGCAUACGCACAUUUGGUCUCCUAACUGGUAGUAGUCACGGCGGCACUCAACAAAGUUUGGGUCUGUCGGUGCACCAGACUUCAAAAAUUUGUGACGUCCAGUUUUGCAUCCUGGUAUUUUCAAAAACUCUUCAAAUUCCCCGGCGCGGGGUCUGCAACAGCUCCAGUACUUGCUGCCUUCGUAGAAAACAGCGAUUCCGGGAUGGUAGACGCAAGGCUCCGUGCGAGAGGAAUCGCCCGAAAAUACAGCCGAACAAAAAGAGUGUAGACACUUAGCUCCAGGCUCGAUAACUGCAUCCAAGGGGUCGUCUGGCUCUUCGAUAAUUUCAACCUGUUGCUUCGCAGUCGACGACUCGUUUUGAAAUGUGGGUUUUGAACUACGUGCGGCCGUGUUAGAAGGUGACACGGCCGAAGCCGCCUCGGUAGCAGCGGGUAAUGCGGAUUGAGAGGUAAUAUCAGAAGACUUUAAAGGACAAUCAGAGGACGGUUGCUGCGCUUGUGACAAAUUUGUACCGUUUGUUUUUGUACGAUGAAAACCGACAGUACAGCCAGCAAUGCGCAAGAACUCAUCGAAAUCGUCAGAUUUUGAAUCACAACAAGGCCAUCUCUUAAUAGUUUCAUGAAAAAUAGGUGCCAUAGGAUGGUAUCGACAUGCUUUGUCGCUGUUGGUUCCUUCCGUGAAGGUGCUUCCGCAGCCAUGGUUGACGCAUUUUUUAGUUUCCGAUAGCGGGCUGCUGUCGGUGCGCAUGAUGCAGACAUCACUCCCCUCCUCUACCAAGUCGAAUAGGCAACAAUCAGGAGGAUAUCGCCUCGAUCUCAACGAACGCUCGUUAGUCCCACCCCAAUCGAUUAAUAAGAAGAAAUGCUAUGGUGUACGUUUUUGUAUAUCCAUCAAUGCGAAACUUCGCAAAAAAGGGGCUAAACAUACGAUUUAGAAGGUGCUAAAAACGUAUUUUCCGGAGUUAAAUCCAGCUUUUGGUCAGAGGGCGUAGAUUGCGCCGACGUCUUACUAACGUGUUGCUUGUAAGCCGUCAAAAAUUCCUGGACAAACCAUGGCAGGGCAGAGAAAUCAUGGCGAAGAUGGGUAAGCACCACCCGACGGUCAUGUGUGUACUUGAAAAAAGAAUUAUGCUCAUGAAUAAAGAGGAAAGAAACUUACCUCAAUGAUUGACUUUAUAGUAUGGCGCUUAGAGAUAAGCACCUUGGCGGUAAAUUCAUCUCGA